ACCAGCGUUCCGCGCAACAACGUUCCGCCCGCACGGCCUGACCGGGCGCAGCGUCAGGAGGCGGCCCGGCCCCGCCUGCCCGAGGCUGGGCAGACUCAUAGCGGUCGGGCGGCGACAUGGCGGCCUCACUGGGGCGCGCGGCGGCCGGGCUUCUUACCAGACUGCAGACCUCAGCUCCAACACUACGAACUUUAUUAUCAUCAAAUUCUUUUUCUCAGAAUGUUCCAAGCUGUUUGUGGAAAUUGGGCCGACUUAAUCAUGUAGCAAUUGCAGUACCUGAUCUGGAGAAAGCUCAGUCCUUGUAUAAAGAUGUGCUAGGAGCACAGGUGAGCGAGACUGUUGCUCUUCCUGAACAUGGUGUCUACACUGUCUUUGUGGAGCUGGGAAAUACAAAGCUGGAACUUCUACACCCUUUAGGAGAGAAAAGUCCCAUUGCAAGCUUUCUGCAAAAGAAUAAGACUGGAGGAAUGCAUCAUAUCUGCAUUGAGGUUGAUGACAUAAAAGCAGCCAUGGCAGAACUGAAGAAAAAAAAGAUUCGAAUAUUGAGCGAAGAGCCAAAAAUAGGUGCACAUGGCAAACCUGUGAUUUUUCUUCACCCUAAAGAUUGCCACGGAGUCCUUGUGGAACUUGAGCAAGCCUGAGCUGCAAUAUUCAUAAAUUAGACAAUAAAUGAGUUGUGAAGUUACUGAGCUGGUGCUGAGAAUAUUGAUGUGCUAUUCACUCUUUACAAAUUCACUGUAGUUCCUGUGGAUUAAGUACGGCUUUUGAGCAAUGAGACAGUGCUGCAGAUUUCUUUUUCCCGCAUUUGAUUUUCAGAAUCAAUGUGUUGACAUUUCUUGAAUUCACUAUGAUUCUCAAGAUGUACACCUAAGCCAAGCUGCAUUUAUAACAGUAAUUUUGUUCUGUUGCCUCAUGUUCUUGCUGCAUGGCUUUACUUCUGUAACCACAGAAACUGUACGGUUUCUAGGUCAUUCCACAUUAUUUUGUUCUACAUUUUAAAGCAGAGACCCAAUUCUCAGUGACAACAGUAAAAGCUUAGAUACCCCCUUUAGAAAUAAAGGGAAAGGGAACAUUGUACUUUCUGUUUUCGCCAUUCACUGUCUGUGCUUCAUGCUGAUUGACUGAUUCGUGCAAUAAAUAAAUCUAUAUUUUAUUGUA